UCACGCGAGUAAUUUUACGGCAGUGUUACGUCAGCAGUGUCCUUUCGCUUUACGGCAGGGCAGCAUGUGGAGGUCAGAGAUACGGAAUCUCUCGGUCAGAGACUGAAAACUCUCUAAUUAUCAAACAGCAAUAAUUGACAACUCAGCACAGUGACAUCUAUGUGGCAUUUUCAACAGACGACAUACAACACAACGCCGUCGAUAAAGUAAAUCGUUAUUAUUCGCUAACGUCCGUCAGUUUGACGCGUGUUAGUAAGGAAGAAGUGUCAUCGAGACGGUUUUUUCUUCUGUAUCAUCUCUCAAGACAUGGAUAAUAACACACCGGCAUCAGGAGCAUUUAAAGGGGGGCUCGGGAGCCUUUUCGGUGGAGGAACCCCUGAGUAUUCAAAUACUGAGCUCGCAGGAGUCCCGUUGACUGGUAUGAGCCCUCUCUCGCCGUACCUCAAUGUUGACCCUCGUUUCCUCGUGCAGGACACUGAUGAGUUUAUCUUGCCAACUGGGGCAAAUAAAACCCGUGGUCGCUUUGAGCUGGCCUUCUUCACCAUCGGGGGAUGCUGUAUAACAGGUGAGGCAUGUCUCUUUGCAAGCUUUGAUCAACCUUUGUCUUUAAUCAUCGCCCAUUUUAACGGUUGUUUUUCUUUGGGCGCUGCUUUUGGGACACUUAAUGGUCUCCGUAUGGGCCUGACAGAAACUAGAGACAUGCCAUGGUCAAAACCCAGAAAUGUCCAAAUUUUGAACAUGGUCACACGACAAGGUGCAUCAUGGGCCAACACACUAGGAUCUGUGGCUCUUUUGUAUAGUGUUUUCGGUGUGGCCAUUGAGAAGGCCAGGGGUGCAGAGGAUGACCUCAACACAGUGGCAGCCGGAACGUUAACAGGGAUGCUUUUUAAAUCCACAUCUGGACUCAGAGGAGCUGCCAGAGGAGGUCUCGUUGGGUUAGCCAUGUCAGGCCUGUAUGCUCUUUACAGCAACUGGGAUCACCUGAAGGGGACAUCGCCUUCACGUUACUGAGGAUGACUGAGAGCUCAAACCAUGGACUUAUUUUGACUCUGAGCACAUUUUUAAUUUUAUGACCCCCUUUUGGAGAUGCAUCCAUUUCUUCUAUAUGAAACCCGUGGACCACCACAUGUGUACAGACUUCUUCAGUUACAUUAAGUGUAAUAUUUAAAUGGAAGAGCCAGACUGCCUCCAGAUUACUUAGUGUGGACUAAGUAGCUGUGAAUUUGCUGGUACUGUACAUGUCUUUUUUGGUGCAAGUUGCAGGAACUCAGUAUCCUUUAAUCAUGAGGUUUUAUCUGUUCUCAUUGUGGAUUGAUGCAUUUUGUCAGUGCAGACUAAACUGGCUGCUUCCUCUCUGAAACCGUAAAAAAAUAAAAUACAAAUUUCCACUG